CACACGUCUGUUCGGCGAGAUCUGUCGAUGCCUGACGAAGUACGAACGGUUAUCAGUCGCCUUACGAGCGGUUGCUAUGCGAUAUGGUAGGGGUUCCCAGAGUCACCUACUAGCUCUCGACCAGUCAGAAGUCAGUGUACGUAAGAGCCGGCCGGUCGUGCCGGCUCCUCUUCUUGUGUCUGUUUUCACGCAUACGUUUCUUCUCAACUCCUCCACGGCACCUUCGCAACUUUGUUGCUCUGAAUUUAAAAGAGGGCCUGAUCUCGCGAGAGAGAUCCACUGCGGGGAAGAAGAAAAAAAGAAAUAAAAAUCUUCGUAAAGUACAGUAAACGUUCUCCAAAUCGAACAUCGAUAUCCGAAUCCUCGAUUCGGAAUGACUCGUGCUGCAAAAACUCGUGACAUUUUCGCAACGAAACAGUUUUCGAGAAACCAUCGGAAAGGUUUCUCGGUAUCGUUGAGGAAUGGCUUUUUCGAGCUUUAUGAUAGCGAUACAUUCGAUUUAAAUUCCGUGUUGCUAUCGAUAUUGGUACCGGCAUCGAUUGCCGGCGCGGAAAGUCCGAAGAAAAACAAACGCAUGAAGCAGACAGUUUUAAGAUAACUCUCUUAAAACUAAACGCACGGGCGAAAAAUGUGCGAGAGCAUAUGGCUUACUGAAUCGUAUUGUAUUGUGCAUUGGCUUUGUUCAUGUGGGGUCGUCAUCAGCGAAACGUUAUGAUAUGUACUUUUGUCCAAUAUGUGGAUAUUGUAAACUCGCGUGCAAAUCAAGACACAGAAGUAAAUCUGAUUUUUCAGAAUAAAUCUUACCGCUCGAUCGCAUCGAUCUAAAUAAUGUUGUUCGAUGUUUAAUGGAUCACAAGUAUACUGGAUAGUCCUUGGAACUCUACGAUUAUCGAUGAUAUUAUCGAUCGGCACGGAGUCACUGGAAUUAUUAAGUUCCACCGCGGUACAUGCAAAUUUUUUAGAUGAGAAAGAUUCGAUCAAUAGACGAUAUUCGAAUCGGUUUUGCGAAGGAAAGUGAUCAUGACGCAAGACGGAAUCCAAGAUGAGUCGAAGACAUCUACGGAACAGACCAAAUCAAUGAACGGUAAUUCAGCCAGCGUGCCGGCAGGCCGAGACAACGACUCGACCUCGCCUUUGGAAGGCAGGCACGCCGAAGAAACAGCCAGCUCCACUGUCCUCAAAAUGGGCAGCAUGGACUCAGCAGGCAACGCUCGUGGUCCUUCCUGUGGUUUAGUCAGCUCUCUUCUUCCUAGUAACUGUCGAGGUAGUGCGGAGGCGUUCGCCCGGUGUCUUCAUCAACGAUUGAAAUCAUUGGGUAACGAGAAUGGUUCACCUGAACAAACCGCGGAUGCCGCCAAACCGUGCGAAACCUCUUGGCUGCAUCCGUCAUCGAGCAGUCGGCACGUAAUUGCCAAUAAUCAACAUCCAACAUCCAGCAUCCUUCAACAUCAGCCGCGUCAUAGUCCGGAAUCGGAUCUCUUUUACGACAUUGAAGUGGAAGAGGCGGAAGUGGAUGGACCGGGAUCACCUCCCGAAGAAGCGACUGCCGCCGAAUUGGCGCAUAUGUUGGUCAACCCGGAGAUCCUGAAGGCGAAUCAUCACGACGCCUGUCAUUGCUCGCCUAGCGGAACCAAAAUGACGUCCGCUAUCACAAGUGUCCGUCAAGAUCCUGAGUCCUGCGUGUUUGCAUCCCCGAUAACUGGUACACCACCCGAUAGUGAUUCCUCGGAGAUGUUUUUCGAUCCAGAAUCCUCCGAUGCUGACAAAUCGAGAGCAGAAGUCUAUUUUGAUCCUAUUAGUACUUCAGACAGUGAGGUCAUGAAUCUCUCUAACACUUCCGUUCCCGCGAGGAGCAAGCUCGCAUUGAACGGACGCAAGCGGGCGAAUAUGAAUCUGGAACGCUGCGACGACACAACAUCUGAAUCGAGUUGCUCCUCGAGAAGAAAUCCUACGUCUUGCGAAAAUCGGCAAGAGGGACUAAUUUGCAGCUCGGAAGACUCACUGAACGGUAGAAGCUCUCAAGAGACGACAUCGCCCAGCCAUGAGUCUUUAUGGAGCACGUUCGACGACAGUACUGUAUCGCUACAGGAUGAGAGUCCACUCAGAACUAUUCAGGAUUCUGUUAUUCCUCGUAUCUGUUUGCCUAAAUCACAUUCUGACUCUGAAUUACCGAAUAAUGGUAUCGGCACAGUAGUAUUUAACAAACUCGAUAGACGGAACGAGGAGGAGGAAGAGAACAUGGAUGAGCAUGAGAUUGAUGAAAUUGACGUUAUCAAUGGUAUAUCACAGAAUGUGACGUGCAAUGUCAGAAAUGGUAGUCUUUUUACGACGCAAGAUAUCGAGAAUGAUAGAGAUCUAACAAAAGAUGAUUCUUUUAAUGGUGCUGAAGAUUUAAUUAACAUAAUUGAGGAUAAGAACAAGGAAAAAUUGGAUUCUGAAACAAUCUCGUUAAAGAACUCGUCACAGUUAAAAGUAGAAGAAGUUGCCAGUGAUACUGACACUGAUCAUUCAUCUUAUAGUAGUACCAUUGAUAUUUCUGAUGAGUUUACGUUGGAAUGUUCGAACGAUGCAACAGUGAUUGAGGAGAUCUCGAGGAACGAGAUGAAGUUAAAAAUCGAGAAAGACAUCGCGCUAAACGACAGCGACGAAGAGAAGCUGUGCCUGUUACUGAAGAAACUUGGCAACAGUUCUACCGCGAAGGAGGAGGAUUCAUCGCCGGAACAAGAAACCCAAAGCGAGACGGUGGAAGAAGAGGAAGAUAGACCACAACGAGUCCGAAGGUGUUCCUCACUGAAGACAGGAAAAACGCCACCGGGCACGCCGCAUAGAAAGAAGAUUGUCAGAUUCGCGGACAAGCUUGGUCUUGAUUUGGCCGAUGUGAGAACGUUCCUGGACGAGAUACCGAAGAUACCCAAUUCCGCGUAUAGCGACCUGAUCUACGAUGACAUCUUUCGACCGCAGGACAGCAAUUCGGAUAACACGACGUCCAUUAGCGAUGACUGGUGUGACCGUUAUCAGAAUGAUGGCAGGCGCAGAUCUACGUCAGUGAUACCCAGAAAGAUCGAUCGAAUGCUAGUACCGCUUUUUCAACAGCCAGGCGGUAUGCCGAACUUUCUCGAUAUGGUGCGCGAGCGUCGGGUUUGUUUGGAAAAUGCGGUGGUACAGGAUCCGGUGACCCUCGCGAUCCAGGGCACAGUGCGCGUAAUCAAUCUCGAUUUCCAUAAAUCUGUACAUGUGCGAUACACCCUCAACUCGUGGCGGAACUUCAGCGACCUGCAGGCAACCUAUGUGCCUAACUCGUGUGACGGCUUCAGCGACAAAUUUUCCUUUAUCCUAUAUUGUCACACGUUACCGGUUGGUCAGAGACUCGAGUUUGCAGUCCGAUUCCAAUGCAAGGGUGCACAACAUUGGGAUAACAACGCUGGUGCCAAUUACUGCUUCCAGUGUCUGCCAGCUUCGUCAACAACCGGAUAUAUACCGAUCACCAUUGAUGAAUGUCGGCGCGGAAGCUGGUCGCCAAUGUUCUAUUGAUGGACCGUGCGUUUGUCCAGUUCAGUGACAUGACGGUUUGGCUCCGGGAAGCAGACUGAAGAGGCUGUUGAAAAGGCUGACAGUGCGGACUCGCAGUACUCGACUUGGUUUUUAUACAUUCUUCUUAAAUAAGUGCUUUGUAAUGAAAUAUGUAAAAUGGAACGUUCUGAAUCCAUUACUGUUGUCUACUGCUUCAGAGAGCUCUCGGAGAGUUUUUUCGGAAUAUUGAUGAUCUUUGUAAAAAUAUCAGAUAUCAAACAUUGUUGAAAUGAUACUCUUUAGAAAGGAAAGAUUGUAGUGUAAUAGCAAUUCUUUUUUUUUUAACAGACAACUGUAGAAAUAGUUAAACGAGUGAAAAACAUUUGAUUAUGGAUUAUGGGAACAACGAUGGGAGCAAUAAUGCUACGAUGAAUUGUUUUUUUUUCUAAUGAACGGAUGU